UAGAAACUUAGAACGACAGCAGUAGGGUGGGGGAUUCAGGCAGGUUGGUAAAGAGAGCCGGGCUGCUUAGUCGCUCGCUCUCUGCGUAGAACGGAGGUCGAGAAUCCUUUGUGCCAAAGAGGGAGCCUGAUCGGAGAUCAAAAAUCCUUUCUGCCAACGGUAUUCCUGAAGCUGCUGAGUCGCUCAUAGCAGUCCGGACGAGAAGUUUGCUGAUUUCCAGAUUACUCUACGGCAGCAGCAAUUCUGGUUUCAAGUUUCUGUUUACAGUCUCCGUAUACAGUACUUCUACUUCUGAAAUUUUCUUCUUAGAACUCUGAAUCAUUAUUGCUACUCGGUAUUUUUUAUAGAUGGCUGGAAUAAAUUGCUCUACUCUUGUUGUCUUAUUUUAUUUUUCUAUGAGUAGCUAAUUGUUUUCAAGUCCACGGAUAAGAAGAAGUUGCUAUGAUUUAGUAUUGAUUGUGAUUUUAGUUAGAUCAAUUGAUUGAGUUUUAUCCAUUGUCCUUAUACUUAAUUUGUUGUGUUAACUUCUGGCCAAUUUUAGCAUGAUUGAUUAAGUUGCUUGAGUGAAUUAGUAGAGUACAUGUCAUGCCUAUUAUUUCAAGCUCUUUUGGAUAAAAGAAUAGAUAAUUCAGCUCUCUUGUUAAGUUAUCUAUUAGGUUCUUAAAUCGGGUUCCGCGGUUCUUUUGUGAUUAAUGGAUUUUAACUAUUGAAUUAAUAAUUUCAAUUGAUUAAUAGUUAAAGUACGUGACUUAUUCUGGACGUCAUACGAAAUAGUCAUAUUUUUGCCUAGAACGAACCCUCAAUUUUAAUUGACUAACUAAAUCACAAAUACUAAAAAUUAGUGACUGAUUCAUAAUCUUGGACAAUCCUUUAUCUUGUUAAGUUCUCAAUCGUAUUUCCGUUAGUUGUUUAACCACUUUAUUUUUAUUUAAUUUAAAUUCUUUGCAUUCAUUUUAAUUCAAGCUCAACAUUUUCGGUUUCAAAUCAACACAUUCCCAAAACUCUGUUUUAGUUAACUUUAAUUUCAUUUUUGUUAAUAGUUUUCCAAUUACUUAGUUGCAUUUUCCUUGUCGGUUCGAUCCUUACUUGAGCACUGUACUAUCGCGACUUGUGCACUAGGAGAACUUAUAAAUUGUCUAUCAGGUGUUCUUCUAGCAUCCAUAUAGGGAUUAGAAAUGUGGUAAAGACUACAAUGACCCAUAUGUAUUAAACUACGCAGAUUUCAUACAUAUAAUUUCAUAUCAUUGAAUUGAUUUUUUCAUGUUUUUAGUUGGCAUCUCAGAUUUGAUUUUGCAUAUGGCCAUGUCUUCUCCUAGUUCUGGAGUUUUAAUUCAUCUUCUUUUUUGGCUUUAAAUUUCAACUAUGUCCGGACUUUUUGAUGCGACAAUUUCCUAGCAUUAGGAUUGUUGUAGUUUGCAUUCUUUGCAACAUUCCAGCACAGGGUUGCAGCAUUUUGCAAUUUUGCAGCAACCAUGCCUUUUUAAUUCUACGUACGUACUAUUUUUACCCUGCCAUACCUAUAUGUUUACGUACUACUCAAGUACUCAUGUUGCCAUCAAAAUUUACAUGAGGUUUUUCCGGGGAGAUUUCAACAAAUAGGAGUAUAGGACCUAAUCAUACUGAAUUUCCAAAAUUAAGACUACAGAUUAGCAUAAGACUUAAGUACAUCUGCUUUGACCAAAUUGUCCUUCGCUUUAAAUCCCUUUGCGCAUCAAACAAACACCCCUCCUCCUCCUCCUCCUCCUCCUCCUCUUCUUCUUCUUAGGGAAAAUGAAAUUUUUAAAAUUAACUUUUGUAGAUGAUCGGCAAAUCGGGCCGCUCAAAAGUUGGUCCGAGCGGCUAUUUUCUAGGGUGAUUGUGAUUUCUUUGGAAGAAUGUUUGAAGUUCUAUUACCAUGCAUUUUUUGGUUUAUUUCCAAUGUAUGACGAUAAGGCGAUAGAUCCGAAAAUAGAAUCCAACGAGGUUAGUACUUUACUUUAUGCCUUAUUCAAUGAGUUUCAUGCACAAUAUGACAACGUGCCCCCUCCCCCAACACAAGCAUUUUCAUAUAAAGGAAAAUCAAUUUUUAAAUCUGCAUUUGACAAUCUUAUAAAAAAACUAAAACAACUCUCGCUACUGAACAAAGCUUAGUUAAUGAGAUUAAUUUGUAUUUAACUUAUGACAUUGAUUUUGAAGAAGAUGAUGACUUUGACGUUCUAAAGUGGUGGAAAGAAAAAGAAAGAAUGUUACCGUUUUAGCAAAGAUGGCUAAGCAAGUGCUAUCAAUGCCGGUUUCAACAGUUGACGUGGAACAAGAAUUUAGUUCGGCCGGCAACAUCCUAACGGCAUCUAGAACGAGAUUGAGCGCAAACUCUCUUGAGACGCUUAAUUAUAUGCAACCACGAUUGGUUGAAGGCCGCACGUAGAACUCAAGAAACUAGUAUUAGCCCCUCCCUAGACUUUAUGGAUGAAUCAACCGAGGGUGGCUCUAC